UUUUUGAAGUUGGUAUCCCCGUGGCAGCUGAUCUGCCAGCACUUGUCAAAAUAACCUCUUGUUGUUUUAAUUUUUAAAGUUAAAGAAAAUAUCUCUAUUAUUGAGAUAUGGAUAUUUAUUUGAUUAUAAAUAUCAAUAAAACACGAAACGUCAACAAUUUCAAAAAAAGUAUGUAAAUUUUAGACUAGGAAAAAAGUAUUUUUUAACUCUGACAGCUGACAGUUAACCUAUAAAAAUCUAACAACAACUAAAAAAAAGUUUAGUUUAUGUGUGUGUGUGUGUGAUAAGAUAAAAAAGGAUUAUUCAUAUAUAAAGAACAGUGAUUAUUACACGUGCCUAUCAAUAUGCUGAGCCGAUUUAAAUCUGCGUUAAUGAGCACUGUUGGUGUUAGUGAAUUGGGUUUACAAUAUCCUCACGAUUCAGAAAGUGAUGCAGUUACGGAUUAUAUUAAUUCAAAUUUAGUGUUAGAAGUGGAAUGUAAACCUUAUAGUAGGCCCAGCUUUUUAGGUCUUACCAAUGAUGAAAUACAGGUUAGUGCUGAUCAUCGUGUUAGACCGAUAAUGGUUCCACGAGAUUUGAGUCGUUUACCCUGGUGUGCUGGUUAUGCAGAAUGUAUAAAUGCAGGUAAAAGUACCUGGAAUGAAGAUCAAGCAACGGCAACGCGUGGUGACUUAAAAUUAUCCGAUUCAAAUACAUCAUUACCUUAUGUUAUAUUUUCCAUGUUUGAUGGACAUGCCGGAUAUCAAGUUGCACUCACUUCUAGAUUAUAUCUUCAUCGAGUUAUUAUUGAGAGGUUACUCGCAAUACCGGAGAAUAUUCUUUUGAGUGAGGAGGAAGAUGAUUUAGUAAAAGGCAGAGAAUUAGUUAUUGGCGCAAUAGAAUUAGCAUAUAGACAAAUGGAUCAAAUGGUUGAAAUUCAAGCUCAAAAUGGAGGUGGUGGUUGUACGGCGAUUUCAAUUUUAUUUCUUAAUGGACGAUUGUAUGCCGCUGGUGCUGGGGAUUCCAGGGCAAUAUUGGUUCUUGGCGAUAGUGAACGAGCUUUAACAAGAGAUCAUACUCCAGAUUCGGAAUCAAAUCGUAUUCGAGCAUUGGGUUAUUUAAAGGGGAAUGAUUUAUUAAAAGGUCAUUUUACUUCUCUUGAAUUUAGAAAACGGCCUUUACAAAAAGAUUUGGGAUCUAUGAUUUUAUAUAGGGAACCUUAUAUGACAGGCUGGUCUUAUAAAGUUUUAACUCAGCGUGAUUUAAGGUUUCCACUUAUUUCCGGCAAUGGAAAAAGGUGUCGAUUGAUGAGAACGAUAGGAGUGACAAGGGGAUUUGGUGAUCAUGGCCUAAAGGCAGUAAAUACAGGAGUAAAUAUUAAACCAUUUUUAUCCUCGCAACCUGAAAUUCAAUCAUUUCAAUUAGAGGAUUAUAAUUUAAGCGAAAGGGAUUGUGUUAUUAUGGCUACUGAUGGAUUAUGGGAUGUUGUCACUGAUAAUGAUGCUGCAAAUAUUCUUAGAAAAACAUUAGCUCCCGAUACACCAUCUCUAGAGUAUAGAUUAACAAUGGGAGCACAAGAAUUAGUACAAGCGGCAAGGGGGAAAUUAAUUGGUCGUAUGUGGCGUGGAAAAUCGGAAAAUCCAGAUGAAACUGACGAGACAUUAUUGCCAAUUGCAUCUGUUGAUGAUAUAAGUGUAAUGGUGAUACCAUUGUAUCCUUAUCUUUGUGAGCAUAGACAAUGGCUUAAAAGUACACAACAAGAGAGAAGAUAUUCAAUUGAUUCGUCGCAAAUGCAAACGAAUAGUAAUAUUUGAGGUAUGGACAGCUGGUAUUUUUAGAUCAAUAGGCAAUGCUUUAGGAACAAAUUUAAAAAAAAACCAGUAAAUAUGAUUUUGUUAAGAUAAACAGUACUGAGCAUUUAAAGAAAAGUGCAUAGUUUCAGUAUUCUUUAGAUUUAAUCAACUGCCACAUAAAUAGUCUUUAUUUUGACACGUGUGUUUCGUCAUAUUUUUAUAAUGUGAGGGCACAAUUUUCUUCUUUUUUUUGUACCAAACGGAAUAAGUGAUAUAUUUUUAAUAUGAUUUCAACGAAAGUAGGUAAUAUAUAUACAUAUAUAUAUUUUUUAACGGCAGCUACACAAAGCCAAUAACGGACUAACUUCUAUUUUCUUUU